GGGCGUGUUCUCUAACUCUCGCGAUCAAUCCUUAUUUGUUUUCCGAUUUUCAGUCAAAAUGUCACCAAUACCAUAUUGGUCUAUUUUAGCGUUCAUUUUCUGUACCUAUGUGGGCUCAUUGUCGUACUCUUUACAGACACUUGAAAGUGUUGAAAAUCUUAGGGAACAACGAAGUCCCGUGAAAAUUGCAAUUGUUGGAGGAGGCAUUGGUGGUACAUCUAAUGCGUUCUUCCUUCGAGAUCUAUUCGGUGAAGAUGCUGCCAUCACUCUCUUCGAGAAGGGUACAAUCGGGGGUCGCCUAGCAACCGUCUCCAUUGCCGGUGCCCAGUACGAGAUGGGCGGAUCAAUCGUCCAUCCGCGCAAUCUCUACAUGAAACAAUUUUUGCAAGAUUUUGGACUGAAAGAGAGAGAAACCAAAGGAACGGAUGGUACACUGGGCAUCUUCAAUGGAGAGGAAUUCAUAUUUAAAUCCAGCCGAUAUUCCAUAUUAACACUUAUAAAGAUGCUAUGGCGAUAUGGAUUUGAUAUCUUUCGGCUGAAUUGGACCAUCGAUAAAGUACUUGACAAAUUUGCAAGGAUAUAUGAUUUCCAAGAUGGCGGACAAUCUUUCACUGACAUCGAGGGCAUCAUGAAUGCUAUGGGAGGGGAGGAGUUCAUAGGAUGGCUUCGUAAGCCCCUUGGUGUUGUCCUCAGAGAAGAAGGCUUCUCAGAAAGAUUUAUCCAAGAGCUGGCUGCCAUAGCGACGAGAGCGAACUAUGGUCAGAACCUGGAUAUGAUGGGGUUUGCAGGUAUGGUGUCCCUGGCUGGUGCUAUGCCUGGUUUAUGGUCUAUCGAGGGUGGUAAUAAGCGUGUUCCUCAACAACUCCUUCAAAGAUCUGGCGCAACGCUAAUGCAGUCUCAGGUACAAUCUGUUGAGCGUGUAACUGGUAAGUCUGCAGAAAAGCCAAUCUUCAGAGUCACAUGGAACGAGCCUGCCAAAGGUGACCAGAGCAUUGUCUUUGACAUUGUCAUGAUUGCUUCACCCAUUGAGGACAAUCUCUCAGGUAUCGCUUUCAGUGGCUUUGAUCAUCCAAUCACUGCCAACUUCACAGGAGAUUACCGUCACACAGUUGCCUCUUUUAUCGAGGGGCAUCAGCGACCAUCAACCUUUGGAGUCUCGCCCAAAGGCCAACUCCCGGGCUCGAUUUUCACGAACGCAGAAGUGCCUCUGAACAUCCGGACCCUUGCCAAGAACUACCCUGUUGACUACAACCCAGAGACGUUCAACGCAUCAAGACAAGUCUACAAGAUCUUCUCCACUGGUGUCCUCAACGAUACGCAAAUGGAUUCGUUGUUCGAGUCAUAUUCGGAAGCAACCCACCAUGAUUGGUUAGCGUAUCCCUACUACCAUGAGCGUAAUACAUUCCCUGGCUUUGUCUUAUCAGAAGGGUUGUUUUACCCCAAUGCUAUUGAAUGGGCCGCUAGUGCCAUGGAGAUGGCAGUUAUAGGAAGCCGGAACAGUGCCAUAUUGGCUUACCAUUAUUGGCAUGGGGAAUCCCCCAAAGGGAAAGUGGGAACCUCUAGAAUUAGGCAAGAAUUAUGACUCUAGAGUUAGGCAAAAACGUCACUUGUCGAUAUUUAGUUCAAUUGCUCUUGAAUAUCAAAGUGUAGAUUGUGUAAUAGCUGACCUUUAUAAAAAUUGGCCCUUACUCUGAAGUCAGGUUUAACUUUAAUAGACCAUGGUCUAACUCUGUGCUAAAAUUAUAGGAAGACAAAAGUGUCAAAAUAUUUAUUAAGUUGUAUGUUUCUAAUGUUUACUGUGCUCUUUCCUGAUUCUUCAAGACAAUCCAUCUAUUCAUACUUCCUAGACAAUUAUGAAUGAUUUGAGAGUUAAAUGAGCUGAAAUAUGAUAUCUCCACUGUUAGUGAUGUAUGUUACAAUAAUUGGUCUCCAUACUUAAACGACAACUUUAAACCUGAGUUUAAGUUAAACCCGACUUCAGAAUACGGCCUUUGCAUCCUGGCUGAUUCAGCAGGAUGAUUUUUUAUAUUUUUUUAGGUCUCAAGUACAAAAUUGUGUGCACUUUGCAUGUAUACUUUGACAUACCAUACUAUAAGGUUUUGCCAUAAACCUUCAAUCAUAGCAACUGAAAUAUAAACAUUUAAUGGAAAUAAUUAAGAAUUUGUAACUCAGGGAUGAUUAUAACUGAAAAAGGUUUAAUAUAAACAUUUAAUGGAAAUAAUUAAGAAUUUGUAACUCAGGGAUGAUUAUUACUGAAAAAGGUUUGAUAUAAACAUUUAAUGGAAAUAAUUAAGAAUUUGUAACUCAGGGAUGAUUAUUACUGAAAAAGGUUUAAUAUUAAAGUAUAAUGUCAUGCUUUGAUAUUAAGCUGAAUAUUACAUGUAGGCAUGUGAUAUUUGGGGAACAUUAGUAAUGAGGGGGGGGGGGGAUGCCUUCUUUAUUCAUGUCUUGAUCUAUGCAUGUAUGUGAUGUACCUGUACAUAAUGCAUGAGACUGUGUCUCAAACCAACUAGCAAUUUACAUGUAUAUCAUCUGUAGCUGUUCCGAAUGGCCAAGUGGUCUAUGUUAUUGAUCAAUACAUUCUUUGGGAGAAUGUCUAAAUAAGCCUGUUCACUCUUAGAUAAAGAAAUUUUCUGAGAGAGUUCUAUGCUUUUCCCAUAUUUGGGACAUUUAAAAGAUUUCCUAAGAGGUUCUAAAUUAUAAUAAACAACCACGUUGGAGUCUUUUAGGUUCUUCAUAAAACCAUUUCAGAUUCUUGAGCAUGUUUGGGAACGGUUUUUUUUUUUUUUUGAGGAAUCAAAAUACAGGAAAAUGGGUUCCAAUUCACACCUUAUUCGUAAGAGUACAUUGUUGAUAUUACUGUAGGAUACAAUCCGCAAUGAUUUAUGAUAUAUAGAAAAUUGUUUUAUGUACAUGAUAUGAUUUUUCUAUGAUACCUUUGUGUGUGUACCCUGUACAUGUAUGGAAACUUGAUCACUUGAAAUUUUGAUUUAACUUUCUAUAUAUACCCUCUUUGUAAUUAAGCCAUUCACUUUGGAAUCAUGCCCAAAGGACGAUACACUAUGUGUGAUAACCUCGGAAGUUUGUUUAAUCCCAUGCAUUUUCAUUGGUUUUUCUUAAAUUGCCAUUUGGUGACUUUGGAUCUUGAAACCAGUUGAUAUGAGGGGCUAUAAUAGCUUUCUGUGAUUCAACAACCACUCUAUUUGAUUAUUAGUCCAGUAGAUAUGUGAAAAAGAUGCUCGAAUCUGGCAGAAAGUGUGAAAUUUGGCAUACAGGGGUAUUUUUGGGCGCUGAUUUCAAAAAUUGCCGGCCCCAAGCGUUUUGACCAUCGGAUCGGCCGCCAUUUUGAAAUCCAAGAUGGCCGCCAUGAAAAAUCAUUAAAUGUCAUUUUCUUGAGUUUUUCAUGUCAUGUGACACUGAAAUUUUGCAUAAAGGGGUAUUUUGAGGCACUGAUUUCAAAUAUUGCUGGCCCCCAGCAAUUUGACAAUUUGGCCAGCGGCAAAAUGGCCGCCAUCUUGAAAUCCAAGAUGGCCGCCAUGAUAUAAUAUAGCAAUCAUUUUCUCGAGUUUUAUAUGAACUGCUGUAUUGAAAUUUGGCAUAUAGGCUUAAUUUGGGGUGCUGAUUUCAAAAAUUGCCGGCCCCAAGCGAUUUAACCAUGGGGUCGGCCGCCAUUUUGAAAUCCAAGAUGGCCGCCAUGAAAAAUCAUUAAAUGUCAUUUUCUUGAAUUUUUUAUGUCAUGUGACACUGAAAUUUGGCAUAUAGGGGUAUUUUGAGACACUGAUUUCAAAUAUUGCCGGCCCCCAGCAAUUUGACCAUUUGGCCGGCGGCAAAAUGGCCGCCAUCUUGAAAUCCAAGAUGGCCGCCAUGAUAUAUUAUUGCAAUCAUUUUCUCGAGUUUUAUAUGAACUGCGGUAUUGAAAUUUGGCAUAUAGGCUUAAUUUGGGGUGCUGAUUUCAAAUAUUGCUGGCCCCAAGUGAUUUGACCAUCGCGUCGGCCGCCAUUUUGAAAUCCAAGAUGGCCGCCAUGAGAAAUCAUUAAUGUCAUUUUCUUGAGUUUUACAUGACGUGUGACACUGCAAUUUGGCAUAUAGGGGUAUUUUUAGGCACUGAUUUCGAAUAUUGCCGGCCCCCAGCAAUUUGACAAUUUGGUCGGCGGCAAAAUAUCCGCCAUUUUGAAAUCCAAGAUGGCCGCCAUGAAAAAUCAUGAAAUGUCAUUUUCUUGAGUUUUACAUGAUAUGUGACACUGAAAUUUGGUAUAUAGGGGUAUUUUGAGGCACUGAUGUCAAAUAUUGCCGGCCCCCAGCAACUUGACCUCCAGGUCAGCGGCAAACCGGCCGCCAUCUUAAAAUCCAAGAUGGCCGCCAUGAAAGAUAAUUUUCUCAAGUCUUACAAAUGGCCUGUAACACUUUAAAUUUGGAGAAAAACUUGAUCUUUGCAUCCUUGAUCAAUGAAAAGAACCUACUAAAUAGAUGCUAUUUUGAAUUUCAAUAUGGUUACCAAGUUUGAAUGAUGUACAACAUUAUAAUGGUGAGUAAAACCCAUUGUAUAGGCACUGAAAACAAAUCCAACACAACCACAUAUUUGUCCAUUGCAAGGAUUACAAUACUUUGGCACCUUUAAUUGCUGAUAUAGAUGUUACGUAAGUAUGAAGUACCAUACAUACACAAACCAGCUAGCUUCUUCUGCAGUUACACAUUUGAAGUGGCUUUGGUUGAAUAAUAACCAUCCGGAACAAUC